CACUUUCACCACCCAUUUCACCCAUCCCAAGCUCUCCAAUUCACCGCGCCGCUGCAUGUCUAGACACACCGCGCGUUCUUGGACUUCCUAUCGCUAUUUCUGUGCUUAGACUAAGCACCUUCGUUCGACCUCAUGACCGACUACAAUAGGCUCACGGUUGCGAAUCUGCGCCAGCUGCUAAAAGACCGCGGUAUUCCUUCGACCGGCCUUACGCGAAAGGCCCAGAUUAUAGAGAAGCUGGAGGAGCAGGAUCAAACGAAUGACGCUGUUGAAGCACAUGAGGAAGCCCCAGCGAUUGCGCAGCCUGAUCAGACGGAACCUGUUGAGGAUGCGCAGGAUGAAAUGACUGAAGAGCUAGAGAAAGCCGAACUACCUGCACCUGCCAGUGAGCCCGCGCCCGCGACUGAAGACCAAGAGCCUCCUACUGUAACCGACACCACUGCUGAAGAGCAAAUUAAAGAGCAACAUCCUGCGGUGCCUAGCGCGCCUGAGUUAAAUGAAGAGCCUGUUUCGAUAUCACUUGCCCCCGAAGAGCAACCUACGCCUUCAGCUACACCCAAAGAGCAAUCUGCGCCGGAAGCCGCUGAGCCUCUCCCGGGGCCAGCCCCCUCACCCAGAGAGGGACGGCAGGCUCCGGAUACAGACACGCCCGUGGUAUCUUCCACUCCGCCUCCAGAUCCCAAUGAGAAGCCAUCGGUUGAGAAACCAGAGCUACCAGUCAUUGUGGAAAGGUCAGAAUUGCCCUCGGUCGAGCAAUCGCGUCUAAACUCCGAAGAAUUGGAGGCCGAUACUAGGAAGCGCAAGAGGAGGAGUCUAUCUCCGGAUAUCCCUACACAGGACAUUAAGGCAAAAAAACCUCGACCUAGUCGUGAUGCCGUGGUAGAUGUGCACCUGAAAGAGGACGAAGAUACCGUCAUGGAUCAGCGACCUCCAGUCGAAGUUGAGGAGAAGGCUGUGGAAGAGAAAAAGGGUGGUGGUGCCAAUGGAGUCGGCGACACCGAAUCUCCAAAAGCAGAGCCCGUCCAAGCAUCGCCUCGUCCCCUCGACUCACGCGAGGAGGCACCUCAAGAAAUAUCCCUCCCUGUGGUAUCCCCAGCUCUCCACGCCGCAACCCCAGCACUCUACAUUCGCAACCUCAUGCGCCCACUCAAACCCGACCUCUUCCGCGCAUCCCUCAUUUCCCUCGCAACCCCUGGUUCCACAACCCCCGACCCCUCAAUUCUCAAAACCCUCUUCCUCGACACCAUACGCACUCACGCCUUCGCCCUCUUCACCUCCAUCAACGCCGCAUCCCGCGCCCGUGCCUCUCUGCACAACCAAAAAUGGCCUCCGAAUGAACGCAACCGACAGGAUCUCUGGGUUGACUUCGUGCCCGAAGACGAAGUCACAUCGUGGAUAAAAACAGAAGAAGACACCAUAGCCACCGAGAAAGCCGCACGCAUCGCCGGUCGCGGAAUCUCCGCGAAGAAAUUCGAAGUCUAUUACCAACCUUCGUCAUCUGGUACCAUUGCCGUCUUUCAAGAAGUCGGCCUCGGGAUCCCGGGCGCGCCGAGAGGGCCAAAAAUUGAUCCACUGACUAUUACCAACACGGGUAUGGGCCGUGAGCCGUUGGUGGAUACCAACCGACGGCCUUCACAAACUCACGCCCACGCCCUAGAACUGCUUCCAGCUCAAGAUUCAACUCUGAAAGACUCCACAGACAAACCCUUCCAAACCCUAGACUCCCUCUUCCACUCCACAACUACUAAGCCCAAACUCUACUACCUCCCCGUCUCAGAAACUGUAGCGCGGAAGCGACAGGAUGAACUCGAUGCCGAAACGAGUCGGGACUGGCGACCAGAUGAUGUUGUGAGGGGACGUGGGAGGGGUGUGUUGGAUCAGAAGUUUAGGUAUUCGUUUGAUGGGGAGAGACUGGUGGAGGUCGGGCCGGAUGACAGAGGGCCUUGGAGUGAGGGGUUUGUGAGGGGGAGGGGAGGAUGGAGGGGUGGUGGUGGUGGGGCUUGGAGGGGAGGGGGAGAUGGGUAUAGGGGGGAGGGGUAUAGGGGUGGUGGAGGUUUUAGGGGGGGGAGGGGUUGGAGGGGGUAG